UCUCUACUUCUGCCUUUCAGGAAGAAGCAAUAAACAGUUUGGAGAUGCCGUUGUUACCUGAGUAUCAGUAUAAAAAGACCAACUUGCCACCUGAGAUGAUAAGAGAAUUUUCCUCAUUCCAAGAUAUCGAUCCAUAUAUUCAUGAGAUUGUAGAACUUCAGAAGAAAAGUACAAACAAAAUGAAAACCUUAAGCAGUUGGUUUUGGGGGAACCAGCCCCAAAGAAAACGCAGAGGAUACUCAGAAAAGUGUUGUCUUAAAGGAUGUACAAAAGUAGAACUUAGUAUUGCAUGCCUUCCAUAUAUUGAUUAUAAAAACUUAAUAAAAGAAUCAUCAGGUGUGACUGAGAUACACUAACCAUCAUAGAAAUUAUACUAACCUAAUAAAAGCUUAAUAUAUUUUACUUUUUCUUAAUUUUUUUGGUAAUUGUCCUUGAAGUUUCUCUGCUGUGAACAAAUCUGAAUGUACUUGCAAGCACUUGACAAUACUUUUUGGUGGUAAUAGGAAUCUUAGUGUGUUCUUUGGUGACUAUUUCUUCAUAUAUUAUUAUAAUUGAAAAAUAUAUUACUGGAAGUGGCAUGAUCCAUGUAGACAUUUAAGAAUUAUCUGUUCAUUCAUUGAAACGCUCUCAAGCUGCAUUUAAGUUGAAUUAUGAAAUGUUCUACAUUCCAUUUGUAUGACAUACAAACUGAUCCCCAUGACUAGUAGGUUCACUCUGGUAUACCAAUAUAUCUGUCCCAACAACUUAAAAUACUAGCAAAAAUUCCUAGUAGGAGCUCUUACACUGUAAUAAUAGGUACACUUUUAAUUCUGUGAGUUUUAUUAUAGU